GAAACAAUGUGUAUAACAUUCCUUACGACAUUCAUUUGAGUGAGGAAUUCGCACAACUCAACCAACAUGUUCACAAAAAUAUUAUAUCUUAUUUUAUUGUUGGCUUGCUGUGGGGCGAUCGAAUGCAAGAACUUCCGCUCCGACUACAAGUACCACAACACCGUCGACGCCUGGCUGAAGUUCCACGCUGUGCCGGGCACGUGGCGAGAGGCGCAGCAGAGAUGCUUCUUGGAAGGCGCAAUCCUAGCUUCGCCUGUCAAUGCGGUCUGGCAAGCUGCAAUAAUUGCUCAAAUCAAUGACACCACGUCCGACUGUGCUGGCAUCUAUACGGGAAUACAUUCCAUUUUCUCUAAAGGAUAUUUCCAUUCUAUCGAAGGUGUACCUUUGGCUAGAAUGUCUCUACAGUGGAUGUCCGGGGAGCCGGACAACUUUGGCAACAGCGAGGACUGCAUCGCUUACUCCGGCGGUAGAAUAGCUGACGUUAACUGCUCCGAAGUUCUUCCCUUCGUGUGUUCUAAGAAGAUAACUGACAACACGUCCGUGAUGCCGUGUGGAACUAUUGACAAAAAGUACGAAUAUGUUCCGGAUACCGGCAGUUGCUACAAGUAUCAUAACAACACCGCCACGUGGCCCGAGGCGUACAAGGUCUGCGCGGCAGAGGGCGCUUAUCUGGCUAUAAUCAACAGCAAGAAUGAAACUAACACGCUGAUCGAAAUUCUCAAGAAACAAGGUCCAAAAUCUGCCAAUGACUAUAUGCUGAUUGGCAUGUAUGAGUGGUACGAAGAUGGAGUCUGGAGGACAAUUCACGGUCAAACGCUAGAGGAGGCAGGGUACGCAGAGUGGAACGAGGGCCAGCCGGACAACAACCGGCCGCUACAGGCCUGCGGGGGCAUGUACGCCAACGGGAAGCUGGAUGACUACUUUUGCGACCGGCCCUAUACGUUCGUGUGCGAAAAGGACCCGGGAAACUUGCAGGAUAUACAGUUUAUCGGUUUCACUCGGGAAAUAGGAAAUGAUAACAACAAAAUCCCGCGAUUCGUUCAUUCCACUGAGAGUUUCGCACAACUCGACAUGUUCACAAAAACAUUAUAUUUAUUGGUGGCUUGCUGCGGGGCGAUAGAAUGCAAGAACUUCCGCUCCGACUACAAGUACCACAACACCGUCGACGCCUGGCUGAAGUUCCACGCUGUGCCGGGCACGUGGCGAGAGGCGCAGCAGAGAUGCUUCUUGGAAGGCGCAACCCUAGCUUCGCCUGUCAACGCGGCCUGGCAAGCUGCAAUAACUGCUGAAACCAAUAACUCCACCUCUGACUGUGCUGGCAUCUAUACAGGAAUACAUUCUAUCUUCUCUAAAGGAUAUUUCCAUUCUGUCGAAGGUGUACCUUUGGCUAGAAUGUCUCUACAGUGGAUGUCCGGGGAGCCGGACAACUUUGGCAACAGCGAGGACUGCAUCGCUUACUCUGGCGGUAGAAUAGCUGACGUUAACUGCUCCGAAGUUCUUCCCUUCGUGUGUUCUAAGAAGAUAACUGACAACACGUCCGUGAUGCCGUGUGGAACUAUUGACAAAAAGUAUGAAUUUGUUGCAAGUACCGGCAGUUGCUACAAGUUUCACAGCAACCACGUCACAUGGGCCGAGGCGUACAAGGUCUGCGCGGCAGAGGGCGCUUAUCUCGCUGUAAUCAACAACAAGGAAGAAGCUAACAGGCUGGCGGAACUUCACAGGAAACACUAUCCAAAAUCCGUCGCCCACUACGUCACUCUCAUUGGGAUGUAUGAUUGGUACAAAGAUGGAAUUUGGAGAACUAUUCAAGGUCAAACGCUGGAGGCGGCAGGGUAUGCAGAGUGGGAAAGGACUCAGCCGGACAACGCUGGCCCGGGACAGGCCUGUGGAGCCAUGUUCCCCAACGGAAAGCUGGACGACUUCUGGUGCAACCGCGAUACCAAGUUCCUGUGCGAGAAGGACCCGGACAACUUGCAGGAUUUUUAGUAGUCAUCUACCAAUAUAGAGGAGUUUUAUGUAUAAUCGUAUAUUAGUUCGAACAGUAGCUAUUACCGACAUAUUCGUAUAUUAUUCUAGAUAAAAUAUUAUAAUGAAAACAAAGUUAUAAAAAUAAUAUUGAAUGAUUAUUUUGAAUAGAGUACGUUUAUUAUUUAAAGAGUAACAAGGGGAAAAGAAACUGCUUAGCUCUUCUUGCUUAUUAAAUUUCCUAGAAGUUUAUUAAUUAAUUUGAUUAUUAACAAAAAAUAUAUGUUUUUAAUUUUUUU